UUUCACUCUCUCUCCCUCCUUUUCUCUCUCUCUGACAUGUUGAGCCUCAGGCUACAUUUGGUUCAAGUGUGCUGUUACCUGCCCAGGUGUGUUCAGUGUCUCAGCAGCAGCACCAGACAUAUAGUAAACUGAACGCAGAAACCCACCAGAGUCCAACGGGAUCUAACAGAUGUCUGUCAGCACACCAUGAUCUUCAUCCUCAUCUUCAUCAGUCUUUUUACGACAGUCCGAGUCCAGGAUUUCCCAGACCCCCAGGACCUGGAGGACCAGUGCUCCAUUGGCUCAUGUAACCCAGCACUCGGAGACCUGAUGGUGGGUCGAGAUGCUCAGCUCUCGGCUACCUCCACCUGCGGCCUGUACGGACCGCAGAACUACUGCAUCAUCGGAUACCUUGAGGAGGAACAAAAAUGUUUCACCUGUGACUCCAGGCAGCCAUUCGAUCGCUAUAGCAACACCAACAGCCAUCGCAUUGAGAACAUCAUUGCGACCUUUGAACCUGAGCGCAAACUGAAGUGGUGGCAGUCAGAGAACGGAGUCCAUGAGGUCAGCAUCCGACUGGACCUGGAGACGGUGUUUCAGUUCAGCCACCUGGUUAUAACUUUCAAGAGUUUUCGUCCUACAGCCAUGCUGGUGGAGCGGUCAAAGGAUUUUGGACAAACCUGGAAAGUUUUUCGUUACUUUGCGGAAGAUUGUUCUCUUCACUUCCCGUCGGUGUCCAGUCAGACACCAGACAGUAUCGACGAUGUGGUGUGUGACAGCAGAUACUCCGGUUCAGAGCCGUCGACAGAGGGAGAGGUGGUGCUGAAAGCUCUGGAUCCUAUCUUUGCCAUAGAAAACCCUUAUGCACCGCACAUACAAGAGUUGAUUACUGUGACCAACCUGCGAAUAAACUUCACUCGUCUCUUCACACUCGGUGACACUCUGCUGAGUCGCAGACGUAGAAACCCUCAGGACAAAUAUUACUACGCUUUAUACGACAUGGUGAUCAGAGGCAGCUGCUUUUGUAACGGACACGCUGCACGCUGCACACCUGUGGAUGGAGGACGAGGGGAUGUCUUCAGCCAGCCUGGCAUGGUUCAUGGACGGUGUGUCUGUCAGCACAACACAGCCGGACAAAACUGUGAGAGAUGCCAAGACUUUCACCAUGACUCCCCCUGGCUGCCAGGAGGAGAAAAUGCGGUUGAUGUCUGCAGGAGAUGCAACUGCCAUGGUCACUCAGAUUCAUGUCACUUUGACGUCGCUCGAUUCGAAGCAACAGGAGGCGUGAGCGGCGGCGUGUGUGAUAACUGUCGCAAUGACAGAGUAGGACCCCAAUGUGAACAAUGUCGACCUUUUCUGUACCAGGAUCCACAGAGAGCUCCUCAUGAUCCACAGGCCUGCAUACCGUGUGAGUGUGACUCGAUGGGGUCGCAGGGCGGCGGUCUGUGUGACCCACUGAAUGGUCAGUGUGUCUGUAAAGAAAACGUGGACGGUCAACGCUGUGAUCAAUGCAAAGAUGGAUUCUUUGGUCUGAGAGCAGAUGACCCCAUUGGGUGUCAGGCCUGCAGGUGUCAUACGGUGGGAAGUCUCAGCUCAUGUGAUAAACUGACAGGAAGCUGCGAAUGUGACCGUCUGGCGGUUGGGCCACUAUGUGAUCAGUGUCUGCCAGGUUUCUUUGGUUUGGGAAACACUGCAUUCAGAUGUUCACCCUGUGACUGUGACAUCGGAGGAGCUCACAGCAGCAUGUGUUCCCCAGAGGCUGGACAGUGUCACUGUCUACCUAACAUGGUAGGCCGCCGUUGCAGUGACCCCGCCCCAGGCCAUUUCCUGCCUCCACUCGAUUACUUUCUGUAUGAGGCUGAGCUCGGUGACCCUCUGUUUGAAGGAAGCUAUCCCUCAUCUACUUCUCCUCCUUCGUCCUCUUCUCUGCUCAAUCCGAUGAUUUUGCCAAAGUGUGAACAGUAUUACAGACAGCAAGGCUAUGACUUCAAGAUUUCAAACGGACGAGUUGUCCUGGUUCGGAGAUCUCGUCGUCAUUCCCGUCGCAGGAGACAGGGACAGCGCAGCAGUAUCCCUCUGGACCCGGGUCACGCCCUGCAGAUCAUCCCCCGUCAGAGAACAGCUGAUCGGCCUGUCACCUGGACUGGCAUGGGAUUGGUCAGAAUCUUGGAGGGGGCGGGGCUCAGGUUCACUGUGGACAACCUGCCAUCCUCCAUGGAUUACCAGCUGGUAAUCCGCUACGAGCCUGAGUCUCCUUCUGAUUGGCUGGCUUCAGUCAACAUCAUCCCACUGUCACCAGGCGACCAAGGCUGCAGCAGUGAUCCAACAGGAAGUAAAACUCUGAUUUUACCCGGAAACUCCAGAGGGGCUGUUCUGGACUCUCCAGUGUGUCUGAACACAGGUGCUCGAUACUUUGUGGAUGUCACCUUUAACAAACGUCCAGAAUCUGACCAGUCCACCAGCUCACACAUCCUGAUUGACUCGAUGGGUCUGAUCCCUAGCAUCGAGUCUGUUCAGGACUUUUGCUCUCAGAGCGACCUGGACUCUUUCCGACGCUUUCGUUGUGUUGGAUUGGCUGCUGAGCUUGGCCCAGAGGAGUCACUGCCUGAAACCUGCGACAACCUUGGCAAGAGCAUGUCAGCACGAGUCAACAAUGGAGCUGUUCCUUGCAAGUGUAACGUCAUUGGCUCUCUCGGACCAUCAUGCAGUAAACUGGGUGGGUUCUGUGAAUGUAAACCCAAUGUGAUUGGUCGUUGCUGUGACACCUGUGCACCACUCACCUUUGGCUUUGGACCCGGAGGCUGUAAACCAUGUGAGUGUGACCCCCGGGGUUCGACGUCAGAGCUGUGUGAUCAGGUCAGAGGUCAGUGUGCGUGUCGUUUAGAGGUUACGGGACGCCAGUGUGACCGCUGUCAGCCAGGAUACUGGGGUUUCCCACUCUGUCGGCCCUGUGAAUGCAACCAGAUGUCGGCCAUUUGUGAUGAAGAGACGGGGGAGUGUCUGAACUGCAGAGACCACACCACCGGGCCGCAAUGUGACACGUGUGUUCAGGGUUACUAUGGUGACCCCAUCUCCAGAAUCCCAUGUCAGCCCUGCUUGUGUCCGGACAUUUUGGGGAGUGGACGAUUCUUUGCCACUUCCUGUGAUCAGGACCCACAGUCUCUGAGUCUGACCUGCAGCUGCAGAGAAGGACACACAGGUCCAAGCUGUGAUAAGUGCAGCCCUGGUUUCUAUGGCGACCUGACCAAGCCAGGUGCCCGCUGUGAGGAGUGUCCUUGCAACGACAACAUCGACCCAGAUGACCGAGACGCCUGCGACAGUCUGACGGGAGACUGUCUGCGCUGUCUCCACAACACAAUGGGACCACAGUGCCAAGACUGCAGACCUGGUUACUAUGGCAACGCUCUGGUCCAGGACUGCAAAGAAUGCUCCUGUGAUCGGCGAGGGACUGAGGUGACUCAGUGUCCUCUGCAGAGUCCCUGUUUCUGUGACCAGGCCACAGGACAGUGUCCCUGUAGGACGGGGGUGGUGGGCGUCCUGUGUGACGAAUGUGAGGAUGGAUACUGGAACCUGGAUGGAGCGUCCGGCUGCCAGCCCUGCAGCUGCGACUCUGCUAACUCUGUAUCCAACGUCUGCGAUAAGGUGACAGGGCAGUGUCCAUGCCGUCCUGAGUUCGGAGGAAGACAGUGUGACGAAUGUGGAGAAAAUCAUUUUGGAAACCCAGACCUGCAGUGUGUCUCUUGUGACUGUAACUUGGAGGGAACUUUGCGUCCAUCCUGUGACCCUGAAACCGGUGAGUGCCUCUGUCGGGUUGGUGUCACUGGUAUCUUCUGCGAUGAGUGCGCUCCUGGUUAUGACUCAGAGUUCCCAGCCUGUAAGGAGUGCCACCCCUGCACCGCUCUGUGGACUCACGAUGUGGCUGACGUCCAGCGUGCUGCACAGAGGAUGAGAACCUUCAUCCCUCGGCCUGUUGAUGGCGUGGACCCCAGAGUGAGUAACCAACAGCAGAUGAUGCGGAAGAUACACUCACAGCUGGAUGACCUCAGAAACCUGACAGGAAAGUCUCCUGCAAAAGUGGAUAAGAUGGAGAAGCUGUGUAUGAAGAUUGGGAAACUGAAAGACAGCAUAGAUCCAAACCGCAUCCACAUCGACCCUUCUCCCCUCUUAAACACUGAAAUCGACAACAUUCGUCUUGAGUUUAAGAAGCUGCUGAACAACUUGAAGCAGAAAGUUGAUGAUCCAGAUGAUGAAGAUGAUGAAGAUGAUGAAGAACUGUUGGAUGAGAUCCAGAAACUUUAUAAAUCCUUCAUGUCAGAUGAGAAAAAGGCGAAAAACGGCAAACAAGCAGUAGAGGACUCAGCUGACACCCGACAGGAGAUCAAACACAAACUGAGCAUGUGCAGCAGCAGCAGAGACAUGAGCUCACUGGAGAAGAAGGUCAAUGCACUCAGCGUCGGUGACUUCAACCGAAAGAUCUGUGGAGAACCUGGCCUGGACGACUGCUCCGGAUGUGGAGGUGCUCUCUGUCGAUUUGGUUUUUGGAGGAGGAGGAAGUGUGGAGGCCCAGACUGUGAUGGCAUUGUUUCUGUGAGCCAAAAAGCUGUGGACACGGCAAAGAAAACGGAGGAGCAGCUGCGCACACUCCCCGUCAGACUGCAGGAGUCCAAAAACAAGAUCACAGAUACCAAACAGGCAGCUCAGGACACUAAAGACCAGGCCAAAGACCUCCAGGACCGGAUCCAGAACAACUUGGACUCCUUUGAGAGAGAGAAGAACAAAACCAAGGAGCUCAUUCAGAAAGUCAAGGACUACCUACUGGAUGAGAUGGUUCCUGCUGAGGAUAUUGAGAAAAUAGCACGAGCUGUUUUGAAAAUAGAGCUGCCUCGAUCACCUGAUCAGAUCCAAUCAAUGAUCCGUGACAUCAACAAUCUGCUCGCUAAUGCCGUCAACUACCAGAAGGACCUGAAGAGUUUGCAGGACCAGGCCAGGAGAGCCCAAGACCUGCUGAAGGAAGCUCUGGACCUUAAGGAGCGGACCAAGAGCAUCAAUGUGACGGACAUCCAAAACGACAUUUAUGAUGCAGAGAAAGCUCAGAGUAAAGCAAAUGAUGACCUGUCCUCAAGCAGCCAAAACAAAGACAUGAUCGUAGACCGACUCAGAGAUUUGAAUGACAAACUAGACGACAUUGACCAGAGGCUGGAUGACCCUCGACCUGCAGACCUGAUGGAUGAGAUCGAAGCCCUGAUGAACAAAACCGAGCAGAACCGAGAACAGGCCAGAGAGGCCAAAGAGGCUGCGGAGGCUGCUUUAGACAAUGCAAAUGAGAUUGAAACGGACACAUAUAAUGUGCUGAACCUGUUUGAGGUUUUAAAGCAGAAAAAGUCAAAUCAGACAGAGGAGGACGAAGCUGCUGACAGACUGAAGGAGAUGAUGAAGGAGGCGGAGAUGAUGAAAAAGCAGAUGGAGGAUAAGCUCCAACAGAUCGAAGAUCUAGAACAGAGGAUCCAGAAGCUCAUCCAACGUGAAGCAGAAAAAGAAACUGUGGUUUCUGACCUGUUGAAGGAGGCCGAUUCUCUGCGAGAGGCGAUCUCCAAAAAGGCAGAAGACUACAACAAAUGCACCUAAAGCCACUGUUUACUGACUGUUUGACCUUUGAACCUCAUACAUCUUGUUUUGUACUGAAUUUAUAUAAAUGGCCUAAAUGUUAUAAUCGGACAUGUUUAUUUGCAGAUGAUGUUGUUCUAUUUCUGUAUCACAGAAGCCUGAAUAUGUUCAUGUUGAGAAUCUUAAUAAUGAAAACUAUCUACACAUGCAAACCAUCAGUCUGCUGCUGUUUCUUACAUUUUCCAUGGUAAAAAAAACUAAGCAAACGUAAGUCCUUCUC